AUGGAAUCCAAAAACACUGCUUCGUUUGCCCUUGUUUUAUCACUCAGCCUUUUCUGUUUUAGCCUCGUCAGUGCCACUACUCCUACCCCUUACACAACCUCAACUUAUUAUUCCAGUGGUAAAUGUGAAGGAUUGAAGUUAGGAGUAUGCGCCAAUGUGCUUAACUUGGUUGAUGUUGUCGUUGGAUCCCCUCCAACGCUGCCAUGCUGCAGUCUCAUCCAAGGCCUCGUCGAUCUUGAGGCUGCAGUUUGUCUAUGUACUGCUAUUAGAGCCAACAUUCUGGGAAUUAACUUGGAUGUCCCUGUUGCACUCAGCUUGGUUCUCAAUAACUGCGGAAAGAAAGUCCCAACUGGUUUUGAGUGUUACUAA